UGGAAAAAAAUGCUGUCUUGGCAACUAACUAAAGAAAUGUUUUUAUAUUUUAUUCCAAUGUAUUUUUAUGGUUUUAGUUUUAAUAAACUAUAAUAACCCUGGCCACAAGCAGGUAACACACAGGUGCACUCUCUCUGUAAGCCAUAUAUCUGAUGUCAUUUAAUGCCCUGCAGGUUUAGGGUGCAAAUAUUUCAGUUCCAGGUCGAUCUAUUCUUAUCUCAAUAGAAGAAAAGUACAUUAAACUUCCUGUUUUUGUCUAUAAUCAAUAUGGUUUGUGUGGGAAGCCACAAAGAAAAAAGCACCUUUUCAUAUCCACUUGCUUGAUGAUGCCGCACCUAAGUCACACACAUGUUUCUGGUGCUGAUUCAGAAUGAGAAGAGGAACUGACAGCGUUUUGUAGUUUCCUGCCAAGUGUGCAGAAAGUCUGGGUCAGGUUCACAUACACACACACACACACACACACACAGAAACACACACACAGCAUCCGUACACCCCCGCGCACGCGCCUCUCGAUUACAUCUUCGUCAACUGACUGUUGUGACGAGUGGCCAGUGGAAAAGAAAAACUAAUUAGUCAUUGUAGAAAUUGAGUGUUCCAAUCUCCACAAAGAAGCGAUUUUCCAGCGUCCUCAAGGAUUCUUAUAUAAGUGGUUUGUUGGAUCGCAGCGCAGGCAGAGGAGUCGCCAAUGAUCCUCACGCUCAGUAAAGUUAUGAAUGAACUCAACAGGAUCAACCAUGGCAUGGUAAAGGACAAAAGCACAAGUUUGAACUCACCCACCAUCUACGAUCUGAAGGACUGCUGUGUUGCACCUGCUCUGGAAUGUUUUCGGUCCCAAGUGCUUAACCUAAAAGUAGACGAAGGCAAACUAAACCAGAGACUAAAGUUGUCACAGAAGAUCAUCUUCAAUGAGCUCCGCAAAUCAUUCAUUGUGAAAGGUGUGUCCAGUUGCAAACCUGAAGAGAUACAGACAUCUCAGUGCAAAUCAUGUGACUCGUACAACAAGGUUGACAGCCAAACGUUCAUGCAGAGUUUUCAAACUCUUCUGCAAAAGAUCUAUACCAGUCAAGUGUAGAGAUGAAAGAAUAAAGAGACUGUGUGUAUAACACUACCUGACCAACCGACAGCAGAGAAGAGCUUCACACGCUACGCUGCUCCUGCUGUCCUAUUUAUUGAUUAUUUAUUGAACGUUUUCUUGUUUGUUUUAAGUAGAGGAUAUGUUAAAGGAAUGUCCAUGUUUCUAUGUACAGGGCAACAGCUUCUUUAUGAAACAAGAGCUCCGUUAUUAAUUACAUGUUUUUGUUUUGUUAUAACGCCACCUUGUGGUAAGAUUCCAUCUUCACAACAGUCCUGUUCCUGGAAAGAGGGGUGGUUUCCCUGAUGAAGAUGAAUCUUUAUGCAACAACACAAGGGCUUUCGAGUAGAUUUGUCACUUUAUUAAGUAUGCUAGGAAUUUAAUUAUUAAUCUUUGUCAGGAAAACCACUCAUUCCAAUGAAAUGUUACCAAUGUAUCUUUAAAAAGCAGAUACACUUAUUAUAUGUCUCACAGUGAGAUGCAUGUUUUUGAUGAUAUUUAUUUGACAUUAAAAUAUUUCUUUACAUUUACUUCA